CGUCCUCCUCGCCGCUCCGCCGCGCGGUUGAGCGCCGACGAGCGAGCCCACCGCUGCCUCGUCCGCCCUAUGGAUAUGGAUGUCCGCCGCAGGGUUCCACCGCCGCACGGGAGCGUCCCUAGGCGCCAGCAGGCGACCGGGGCCGAGGGGGAGCGGGUGCGUGUGCAGGCGGGUGAUGCGCUACCGCUGCCGAUCCGGCACACGAACCUCAUCUUCUCGGCGCUGUUCGCCGCGUCGCUGGUGUACCUGAUGCGUCGGUGGCGGGGGAAGAUCCGCGCCUCCACGCCGCUCCACGUGGUCUCCCCCGCCGAGAUCUUCGCCAUCUGCGGCCUCGUCGCGUCGCUCAUCUACCUCCUCAGCUUCUUCGGGAUCGCCUUCGUGCAGUCCGUCGUCUCCAGCAGCGACGACGACGAGGACUUCAUCGUCGACUCCCGCCACGCGCGGGCGCGGGCGCCGCCGACGCCUGCGCAGACCCCGUGUGCGCUGCUGGGGAGCCCCGCCGCCGCGACGGAGAAAAUGCCGGAGGAGGACGAGGAGAUCGUGGCCGCGGUUGUGGCAGGGAAGAUCCCGUCCUACGUGCUGGAGUCUAGGCUGGGAGAUUGCCGCCGGGCCGCCGGGAUCAGGAGGGAGGCGCUGCGCCGGAUCACCGGAAGGGAUAUGGACGGGCUCCCGCUCGACGGGUUCGACUACGCGUCCAUCCUGGGCCAAUGCUGCGAGCUGCCGGUCGGGUACGUGCAGCUUCCCGUGGGCGUCGCCGGACCGCUCCUGCUCGACGGGCGCCGCCUCUACGUACCGAUGGCCACCACCGAGGGCUGCCUCGUCGCCAGCACGAACCGCGGAUGCAAGGCCAUUGCCGAGUCCGGUGGUGCCUCCAGCGUCGUUUUCAGGGACGGGAUGACGCGAGCCCCGGUCGUCCGGUUCCCGUCUGCACGCCGCGCCGCUGAGCUCAAGGCCUUCUUGGAGGACCCAGCGAACUUUGACACCCUGGCCGUGGUGUUUAACAGAUCGAGCAGAUUUGGAAGGCUGCAGGGAGUGAAGUGUGCGAUUGCAGGAAGGAACUUGUACAUGAGGUUCAGCUGCAGCACAGGGGAUGCCAUGGGGAUGAACAUGGUCUCCAAGGGUGUGCAGAACGUGCUGGACUACCUCCAGGCCGACUUCCCUGACAUGGAUGUCAUCAGCAUAUCAGGUAACUUCUGUUCUGACAAGAAGUCAGCUGCUGUGAACUGGAUUGAUGGCCGUGGGAAGUCGGUGGUUUGUGAGGCAGUAAUCAAGGAAGAAGUUGUGAAAAAGGUUCUCAAAACAAAUGUUCAGGCUCUUGUAGAAUUGAACGUGAUCAAGAACCUCGCUGGUUCAGCUGUUGCUGGCGCUCUUGGGGGUUUCAAUGCCCAUGCAAGUAACAUUGUGGCGGCCAUCUUCAUUGCCACUGGUCAGGACCCUGCACAGAACGUGGAGAGUUCCCAGUGUAUCACCAUGUUGGAAGCUAUAAAUGAUGGCAAAGAUCUGCACGUCUCCGUUACUAUGCCAUCUAUUGAGGUUGGCACAGUUGGUGGAGGCACGCAGCUGGCCUCACAAUCUGCCUGCUUGGACCUGCUUGGCGUCAAAGGUGCUAACAGGGAAUCCCCAGGGUCCAACGCGCGGCUCUUGGCCACGGUGGUUGCCGGUGCGGUCCUAGCCGCGGAGCUGUCCCUCAUCUCUGCGCAGGCCGCUGGCCAUCUGGUCCAGAGCCACAUGAAAUACAACAGGUCCAGCAAGGCCCUUGCAGAGGAAACAGACAAACCCAAGAAAUGUUGAAUAAUAUCAAGUUGUUGUUUUAUAACCCUUUGGGAGAACGGAGCGAAAAGGGUCCCACAGGAUGAUUCCUUGCGGCAUGCUCGGGUGGAAAGGGAAAAAAACCCUUCUGGCGAAAAGAGAGAAUUCAGUCGACUCGUCAUAUUUACCAAGCGGUGAGACCUGUUGUGGAUCCUGGAGUAUGACCUAUUUAAUUCGUUGAUGUUGUCGUUAUAGUUCCUCUACACUACACUCGUUGACCCCGCCUGCAUCUAGUUUUGCCCGUCCAUGGGCGGAGAAUCUGACCAUGGGUUUGUCCCAAGCUUGCAUCACAGUGGCGCAUCCAGUGACCCACGUGAUCUCUGCUUUGCCGCAGAAAAUUUUUGCGGAGCAACUGCCGGGUGCUUUGUAUUUCAGCUUUGUAAAUUUACUUUUAUCCAGUCGUUCUGAGUCCAAGCCGUCAGUGCAGUCGGUGGUGUAGUUGAUUAAAGUACGAAAUGUAAAUGGAAUAAUAAAAAUAAAGAGCUGUGUUUUGCAUUUAUCUAAGAAAUAUAUGUAGAGCUGUGUUUUGCAUUUAUCUAAG